CCGCAUAACAUCAGUUUAAAGCAAGAGCAGCACGAGCAAGUAUGGGUUCACUUCAACCGAAUGUGUUAUGCGAGGAUGAGGUCAAGAAGGUUCUUCAAGAUGUUGUCGAGAAGGAGCAAAUAUCGAAGCCGGAAUACACGAUAUGCGCAGGUUCUGCCAAAGGCGACGGUUACCUGAGUUUCAUGACGAAAGUCGACGUGAAGAGCAAGGACAAAGACCUUCACCUGAUCAUAAAGUGCGCCCCAAAAUCUGAGGAAUUUAGAUCUUUCGUUCCUAUACGUUCCACCUUCCUCCGGGAGAUCGCAUUCUACGAGGACAUCUAUCCAACCAUGGAUGAGUUCCAGAAGGAGAAGGGCAUCGAGGAUCGUUUCGAAAGCGUUCCCAAAUUCUAUAAAUCCAUACAGACGGAUAAAGAAGAGAUCAUCGUGCUAGAAAAUAUACGAGAACGCGGUUUCCAAUUAUGGGAUCGGAAGAAUCAGUUCGAUGACGCCCAUUUCCAGAUGCUCUUCAAAGAGUACGCCAAAUACCACGCCAUUUCGUUCGCUCUGCAACAUUACAAACUGGAGAAAUACUACGAUCUGUCCAAAAACCUUUACGACAUGUUCACGCCGGGCAUCUUCAGCUUCGAGUUUUUUACGGCGUUUAAAAUGAGCAUCGAGGUAAUCCACAACCUCUACCAGGACGACGAAAUCAAACGCGACCUUACGCAGUUGAAGGACAACCUCAUGAAAUACUUCGAACACAUUAUCAACAAUAAAGGUAAACGGGUCGUCAUCACGCACGGCGAUUGCUGGAGCAGCAACAUGAUGUUCAAAUACGACGAUCCGAACAACCCGGAAAAACCCACAGAUCUCUGCUUGCUCGACUUCCAAUUGGUCAGGAAAGGUUCUCCGGUCUUGGAUCUCUCUUAUUUCUUCUACGCGGGAGCCCCAAAACAUCUACUCAAAAAACUUGACCAUUAUCUCAAGUAUUACCACUCGGUUCUUUCCAAGCAGCUGAAGAUGUUCGGCAUCGACGUGGAGAAUGUCAUCACUUUCGAGGAGCUCAAGAACGACUGGAAGACCUACAGCAAGUUCGGUUACCUCAUGGGUAUACUUAUAAUCAAGGGGGCCUUGACGGAAACCGACGAAAUCAUCGACAUCGCAGAUUUAAGCGCGAACAGCGAUAUGUCCUUAUCCGAGUCAUUCCUUCGAAAAUUCAAAAAUCAGGAUCUCAUAAACGAAAGGCUCAAGGAUCUGACCGAUCACAUGCUCGAAAACGAUCUCAUCCGAUUUGAGUAUUCAUUAUUACCGUAAUACACAACUCAUCCUCACUUGUUGUUAUUCACAUCAGAUGUAUUUGAGCUAAUCUCAUAAUAAUUAUUUAAACAACAUACGCACACAAUGCAUACGUGAUACAUUUAUCAAAAUUCAAACAAUUUAACAUUCUUUGCAUAUCAAUAUUAUUUUGCUAGUUAUACAAUAUUAUCUUAUUAUGUUCAAUAAAUGACCCAUUUAUUUACUCUUCAACAGAAA